AAACCAGAGUACCCGGAGAAAACCCACACAUGCACGGGGAGAACAUGCAAACUCCACACAGAAAUGGCCGAGGGUGGGAUUAAACUCCGGUCUCCUAGCUGUGAGGUCGGCGUGCUAACCACACGACCGCCGUGCAGCCCUCCUAGAAAACACACCUAGAAAUUCUGUCCAUGAAAAUAAUGGACUAAGUGUCAGAGCUUAGAACUUCACAACUGGAUUCGACACUGCGAACAUAUUUGGAGCCCGAGAUGCCAAAAGUCAGCCGCCAGAAUGUCCGUGUUGUCCCGCACAGACGCAGCUAACCCAAGCAGCUCCGAAACUCUACAGGAUCUACGUUCCACAACAAGGAGUCUCUUGUCGGUUCCAUUUCACCCAGUCAGUCUUGGUUCUGGGUCCAGAUGAUCCUGAACACGGUCCUGGUGGUCCUGACGGACUUGGCUGCCCACCUGCUGGGCAACACGUUGUUCCGUCGGCACUUUCACCUGCUGCUGUCGGCCAUGGUGAUGUUCGGCCCUGUGCUGAGUUUGUGGGUCUCCCAGCACAGUGUGUUUGCCAAGAGAAGCCACUUCCUCUACAGGAUGUUUUUGCGAUCUGGUUGGGGUUGGACGUGCAUCCUGGUCGGCUCCUUUGUUUUUCUCCUGUCCUUCUCCACCCGCCGAUCCCUAUCACUGUCAUGCCGCCACCUCUCUCGGCUGGGAGCGGCUGGUGGACUGUGGUUUGUCUUCUGCAAACUUCUGGACCUUCUGGAAAACGCUACAGGAAGCUGCUAUGAGCCGCUUGUGGGCAGCCCGGACAUCAAUAACAGUCAGCCUGUCUUGGUGUUACGAGAAGGGGAGAGCAAGGCGGAAUGUCUGCGAGCCGGGAUGCUGUGGAGAGGAUAUGAGGUUUCGGAGGACGUCUUCCUCCUCUGUCUCUGCUGUCUGCUGCUUUCUGAAGAAACAGCAGUGUUUGGGCCUUAUCUCAGCCAGGGUGGCUUUUCUGAUGCUCCGCUUCGGAUCCUUUUUUUGUUCUGUGUUCUUCUGCUCUGCCUCUGGCUCUUCCUGCUCCUUUGUCUCCUUGCCUACUUCCCUCAGUUCCCCACACAGUUGCUAGGAGGCGCUCUAGGCUGCUUGAGCUGGAGGGGAUUAUACCAGGGUUGGUACUGUCAAGGUCCCAGCUGGUACUGCCCUGGGGGACCUGGACUGGGAUUGUUCAAGAACCAGAAUUGACGUGGGAAGACAUACAUAAUAUAAACUGGCGAAACCGAAAGACUUUCAUACUUCAUUUGAGAAAGCUCCAGAAGUACUGGACCAGUGAACCUUUAUUUCUGCUGUAGACUGAAAACGUUUGGGUUUGACAACGUUUCAGCUUCUUUUUCCAGGUUUUUACAAUCAAAUCAGAAGGACAGCUUCAAGGAAGAUUGUUGGAUAAGUCGAUUUAUCCCUUAACAUGACAGGUCUACUUGUUACUCAUAACCACCACAAGCAUUUAGAAUAUCCUGAAGAACAUAAGCACUGGUGUCCUACGUAAGAUGGCAAGACACGUACCCCCUGGGGUGUCCAAAGGGUUUUCCAGCAAAGGCCACAUCAUGAAAAAUUACAGUUCGACAUGUUGUAUAGAAGUUCAUAUGCUAAGAUGUUUUAUCAAAGUGAAAAAGCAUAUUAUUAAUUUGGUUCUUUUUUCCCCCAUUGUUUUCACCCAAAACCACAUUAGUUUAUUCACAUAAAAUAUUUUUUUCUCUUAACAUUUUUAAUUUAUUCUCCUUAAAUAACUGCUGACUUUUCAAUUUUUUGUUUUUUUUUCCCCCCAUUUGAUUUGUUAUAAUAUUACCAGUUUACUCUUGUAAUGGGUUACAACUUUUCUCUUACAAUGUUGACCAUUUCUUGUAAAAUUACUUUUAUUUGAUUUUACAACCAUUUCAACUUUUUUCGCACCAAUUUUUUUCCGAAUUAUGAGUUUAUUCUGAUAGCUUUAUGCAACCAAAAUUUCCAAAAUGGUGUUUUGUUUCUCAUACAACUUAAGUCUUAUUCUUAUGUCAU